AUGCAACUUGCUAAAAUUCCAGUUCAUCCAGAUGCUUUAGAAAAAGAGAAGAUAAAUCCGUAUUUAAAUGACAACAAGCCAUAGAAUAAAUAUCCGAGAGAGAACCUCGUUGAAAAUGAGAAGAAUAUGAGUCUUGGAGGAUCUUACCAGAAUUACAUUUAUAAGUGUGGAGAGUGUUGUGGAAAUUGUUCAGCCUUUUGUCCGUGCAACCCAUUUGUUGAAUAUCCAUACAAGAAAAUAGAAUAAGGUUUCGUUGGAGUCUAUUUAAGAUUUGGAAAGUAUGUGAAAACAAUGCCCCCAGGUUUAUAAUACUUUAAUCCAUGUACCGAUAAAUUAAUAAAAAUCGAUUGUAGAACCCAAAUGAUCGAUUGUUAGAAACAAUAUGUCAUUACAAAAGAUAAUAUUCUCAUAUUGGUUGAUGCAUCUGUCUAUUAUCGAGUGUUGGAACCAAAGAAGGCUAUUUUUUAUAUUUACGACAUUUAAAUGGCUAUUUCAUAGAUAACUUUAGCAGCUAUAAAAAGUGUAAUCGGAGCUUAUACCUUGCAAGAUGUGUUAGAAAAAAGAACAGAAAUUUAAGAUUAUAUCUAACAAUUUGUUGACGAUCACGUAGAUGACUGGGGAAUAGAUAUUGAAUUAAUGAUGAUAAAGGAUAUUCAAAUAAACGAAAGGAUUAAAUCUGCUUUGGCAUAGGCAGCCACAGAACUUAGAGCUGCACAAGCGAAGAUCUUAAUAGCCGAAUCCAAUGUAUAAUCAGCCAAAUUGAUGAAAUAGGCUGCUGAAUUACUCAGUGCCAAUGCAGCCAUGUAGAUUAGAUAUCUUGAUGUCAUCAACAAAAUAGGUAAUGAACAACAAACAAAAGUUAUGAUAAUAUGA